AUGAGCAAGGGCAAGAAGAAGAAGCAGGUGAAGCGAGUUUCUAAGCGCCCAAACGGAUGUUCCAGCCCCGAUUGGAUACAAAAUACAAGUCAAGAGUCGGAAGCGCUCACUGUCUCUUCUUCUUCUGCUUCUUCUUCGUCUCCUGCUCUUGACAGCGUCAAUGGGUCAAUCGAGAGCCGUCACUUGCUGAGCACAAACAGUUCAGCGGUGCGUCUAGAAGGCAGCAAACAACGGGCGAUCGUCAGGCGUCUCAUGACGCAAGCACAAGAGCAGGGACUUCAGAUAGGGGACAAACGGUUCGUGCUCUCGGCCAAGUGGUGGUACAGCUGGUGUGACUUUGUACAGUACGAGGAGAGAGACGACACGACAGCAGCUAGAGUGGAUGCGUUACCACUUGGUCAGAUUAACAAUUGGCCGCUCCUCCACGUAAGUGAAGAGACGUCGCUUGAUGAGCUCAUGGGCGGGCCGUUGCAGCCACAGUUGAAGGAGAAUUAUCACUAUGUCCUCGUGCCACAAGAAGUGUGGGAUGCACUGAUGGUUUGGUACAGUGGAGGACCGACAAUCGCACGCUUCGUUGCUCAGGUGCAGGGAGAUCCCAAACAUGGCAUUGACGCUUUUAAUCGUGUACACGUUUACCCGGAGCAGGCGGGAAAUGAAGUUGAAGUCACUGCGUGCGGCCAAAAGUACAAGUCGAUACAGCAAGAGACUGACAUGGUCAUGGCUGGAGUUGAUUGUACGAAUACCAAAGAAGACUCUGCAGCAGAAACCACGCUGCAUGUACAUCGUAAACCUAGCGUGGUGUCUAGCCCCAUUCCAAAGAUCUGUGGAGCUUGUCGUAAAACAACGGGAGCGUUAAAACGUUGCGGCAGUUGCCACAUGAUUUGGUACUGCGGUACGAACUGUCAGACCUCUCAUUGGAAAUACCAUAAAACUUUGUGUCGUUCCAAGCUAUCGGCCGAGGAGAAAGCAGAUGGAGCUAUUCAGAAGUUGCAAGUAGAGCGGCGAGGUAAGAUGGGUCUUCGCAACCUCGGCAACACGUGUUUUAUGAACUCGGCGCUACAAUGCUUGAGCCACGUGGAGUUACUGACGCGCUACUUUUUGAGCAACAAAUACAAGAAGGAUUUGAAUCGUGACAAUCCGCUGGGAACAGGUGGCAACUUGGCCGCGGAAUAUGAUGUUUUACUCAAGGAGUUAUGGUUCGGCACUGCACCUAGCACGUCGCCCGCCAAUUUCAAGCGCGCUGUAAGUCGAUUUGCCCCACAGUUUUCUGGAUUCCAACAGCAUGACGCCCAGGAGUUGCUUGCGUAUAUCAUCGAUGGUCUACAUGAAGAUUUAAAUCGUGUGAAACACAAGCCAUACGUCGAAGUUGAGGAGUCGGACGGCUCGCAGGACGAUGCGACUGUAGCGACGAAAGCCUGGCAACGCCAUUUGCUACGCAACGACAGCAUCUUUGUGGACCAUGUCCAGGGCCAGUUCAAGUCUACGGUUGUUUGCCCUCUUUGCAACAAAGUUUCGAUUACUUUUGAUCCGUUCAAUUGCAUCCAGCUUGAGCUUCCUCAGCAGCAGAAUUGCCGGAUUGAAGUCAUUUAUGUUUCGAACGAACCGACAAAAUCGAUGACUCGAUACCUUCUUGAAGCUCCGAAGAAGGGGAACGUCCUUCAGCUGAAGAGGGCAUUGAGUAAGCUCUGUGGAGUGAAUCCCAGCGCUCUGUUGGCAGCGGACAUCUAUCAGUCCAUGACCUAUCGAAUUAUCGGCGAUGCCGAGCGGUUGAUUCGACUACGAGAAGAUGAUCGCAUUCUCAUGUACCAACUGGACGAUUUGUCCAGUGAAGAAUCCGUCUUGCGCGGCUUUCUUUAUCACCGAGUCGGAUCCAGUAUGACAGGUGACCCGUUUCUUUUCACCUUCAGUGCCUCCACGACAUGUGCUGAGAUGGUAGAGAAGUGGACCGACUUGCUAAACACGCAUGUCUCACGCGUAUCAAGUGCUAAGAUUCCGAGCAGUUUGUUAUCUCAGUGCGUGUACUUGACUGACCGCGAUGGUGUGCACUUGCGAAAUGAGCCUGUUCCUAUGGCGACGGACGCAAAGUUUUUGGAUUUCGCUACGCUUCAUGGUGAGGAUUUGCCGAACGAAUCGGUGUUUGUAACAGUUGCCUGGUCGUCAUCAAUGCUGUCAUCGCCAGCUUCUCCCCGUCCUGACGUCGAGCAAGUUACAAACCAUGAAAGCAUGUGCGCACAAGCUAGUGAGCCUCGUCUACAUGAGGGCAUUUCUCUGGACGAUUGCUUCCAGAACUUUGUGAAGCUUGAAACGCUUGACCAGGCGAAUCUGUGGUAUUGUAGUAAGUGCAAAGAGCACCGGCAAGCGCACAAAACAAUGGAAAUGUGGCGGCUUCCUGACGUGCUCGUGCUUUCACUGAAGCGGUUCGAGUACCGCAACGAAGUUUUACGUGACAAGCUUGAUGUUUUUGUCGACUUUCCUCUGGAAGGUCUCGACAUGUCGCGUUAUAGUCUGGAGAAGAGCAGCGAUCCAGAUCACCUGAUCUACGAUCUGUUUGCUGUCAGUAAUCACUACGGAAGUAUGGGUUUUGGUCACUACACUGCUUUCGCCAAGAGUUGGAAAGACGGUGAUGGCGAGUUGUAUCCGGGCUGGUAUUCGUUUGAUGAUAGUCUCGUGACACCAGCCAUGCUCAGCCAGGUCAAGUCGAAUGCCGCCUACAUUUUAUUCUACAAGCGCAGGAACCUUCGGGCCGAGUAUACGGCCGAGUCAAGACAGAGCUAG